AUGCCUGAUGAAUGCUUUGUAAAUAUAUGGAAACAACUAGUCGACGUUCUUGAUUUGGCCUUGUUAUCAAAAAGUACACCGCCACAAACGAGGAAGAUCGAACAGCACGACACAGAUGAAGCAUGCGAUAUGAACUUCCUUCUAACUUUACAGUUAGAUGUGCUCAUCCAUGUGGGCAGCCAACGAGUGCCAUUGUAA